AUGAAACAAAUCUACAGAGUGUCAUUUGAAAGGAACCGUGAUCAGGUGAAGGAGCUGAGAUAUCGCUAUGUACAGAGAAUCAUGGAGCUGGAGUCCAGUUCUGAGCCUCCUACAUUCAUUUAUGUGGAUGAAGCUGACUUCGAUCUCGCCGAGACCAGGAGGCAUAUAGCAUCUCUAUCAGUUGCCCCCGCCAUGUUGGACCAGGUAGAGGCCUUGGAUCUCUCGUAAUUGUCCAUUGAACAGCAGGUCCAGGUGAGGUCCCUCCUUAGAUGGUAUAUUUCGGUCUUUUCAGCUCAGGAUGGGGAGGUGGGCUGUACCAACUUGCUGGCCCAUGAUAUUCCCCUCUUGGAUGAUGUACCCGUUAGGCAACACUAUAGGCAUAUACCCCCCUCUGAGUACGAGGUGGUAAAAGAACAUAUUAAUCAAUUGUUGGAGACACAGGUGAUCCGCGAGAGCUGCAGUCCCUAUGCUUCCCCCAUUGUUCUUGUUAAAAAGGACGGUAGCCUGCGCAUGUGCGUAGACUACCGCCAGCUAAAUAGCAAGACGAGGAAGGAUGCAUUUCCUCUGCCACUGAUUGAGGAAUCCCUGGAUGCACUGACUGGUGCUUGUUGGUUCUCGACUCUGGACUUAGCGAGUGGUUACAACAAGGUCCCAGUCGCUGAAGAAGAGAGACCCAAGACGGCAUUCUGUACCCCCUUUGGGCUAUUUGAGUGGAACCAGAUGCCCUUUGGGCUUUGUAAUGCCCCAGACACCUUCCAGCGACUGAUGCAAAGGAUAUUUGGUGACCAGCAAUGUCAGUCGCUGUUAUUGUAUUUGGAAGAUAUUGUAGUCUUCUCAUCCACGGUGGAGCAACAUCUGCAGAGGUUGGAGGUGGUGUUGGGGCGGCUUCAACAAGAGGGUUUGAAGGUGAAGCUCUCCAAAUGUUCAUUCUUCCAACAGAAGGUGCAGUACCUGGGACAUGUCAUCUCGGACAAGGGCAUCUCUACUGAUCCUAGUAAGAUCGAGGUGGUAACUAACUGGCAGCGUCCUACUACUGUCACGGAGCUGAGGUCCUUUUUGGGCUUCGCUAGUUACUAUCGUCGGUUUGUGGAGGAGUUUGCCAAGUUGGAAGCCCCUUUGCACCGGUUGGUGGCAGAGCUGGGAGGCAAGAAGCUUAAGGGGGCUAUGCAGGGUGUGAUUGGCAACUGGACCGACGAGUGCCAUGGGAGUUUUGAGGAGCUGAAGCUCAAGCUUACUACAUCACCGGUGCUUGCCUACGCUGAUUUUUCUUUACCAUUUAUCCUGGAGGUGGAUGCAAGCCAUGCUGGCUUGGGGGCAGUGCUAUCCCAGGAGCAAGGAGGCCAGGUGAGGCCAAUUGCCUAUGCUAGCCAAGGUUUGAGACCAUCAGAGCGCAAUAUGUCCAAUUACAGCUCUAUGAAAUUAGAAUUUCUGGCACUUAAGCGGGUGAUGACAGAGAAAUUCAGGGAGUACCUGGUAGGCUAUAAGUGUAUUGUUUACACUGAUAACAACCCACUCAGUCAAUUGUCAUCUGCUAAGUUGGGUGCUACUGAGCAUCGGUGGGCAGUGCAACUUGCAUCCUUCGAUUUUGACAUCAAGUAUCGGUCAGGGAGAAGCAAUAAGAAUGCGGAUGCAUUGUCUCGCCAAUACCCACUAGGCCGACUAGAAGUGGACGCAAUGGUUCCUGGCAGUUCACUCCCUGAUUUCUUGCAGCAAGCCUUGCCAUGUGGGAAGGCUGAGGUAACCCAAGCUGCUGUUGCAGUUUUUCCUUGCUCUACCCCUGAUUUGUGUGUUCUCCAGCAGGCUGACCCAGUUAUUCAGGAAAUCUUGCCAUUUUGGACUUGCAACAAACAUCCUGAUGUAGAGGAACGGAAACGACUCUCAAGGCCAGCAUUGGCUUUGCUCCGACAAUGGGAUCGCCUGGUCAAAAAGAACGGGCUCCUGUACCAUCAGGUUUUCCGCCCUGAUGGUGCUGAAGCUACAUUUCAGUUGGUGUUGCCCGGUACCUUAAAGAACAAGGUGUUGACUCAGGUAUAUGAAGACCAUGGCCACGAGGGCGUGGAAAGAACAUUGGAGUUGUUGUGCCAGCGGUGCUAUUGGCCAGGUAUGUCCUCCGAUGUAGCCCAGUGGUGUCAGCAGUGUGAGAGGUGCCAAAUGGCUAAGGAUACACAUCCAGCAGCUCGUACUUUUAUGGGGCAUUUGUUGGCUUCUCAGCCCAAUGAGGUUUUAGCAGUGGACUAUACCGUGUUGGAACCUGCCCAGAAUGGACUUGAAAAUGUUUUGGUCAUGACUGAUGUCUUUAGCAAGUACACUCUGGCUGUCCCCACUCGUGAUCAACGCGCCUCCACUGUGGCCCAAGUUCUAGUGGCUGAAUGGUUUUCAAAGUUUGGUGUUCCUGCUCGGAUACAUUCAGACCAAGGCCGUAACUUUGAGAGCUCCCUCAUCCAGCAGCUUUGUGGUCUCUAUGGGAUCGAGAAAUCUCAUACCACUCCAUACCAUCCAGCGGGCAAUGGCCAGUGUGAACGCUUCAAUAGGACUCUCCACAACUUGUUGCGUACUCUGCCUGUGUCCCGGAAGAGAGAUUGGGAUUCCUGUCUGCCACAGGUGCUUUAUUGUUAUAACACUACUCCCCAUCAGGCGACUGGGGAAUCCCCUUUUCUCAUGUUCGGUCAGGAGCCUAGACUGCCAGUGGAUUUCCUUCUAGGUAGAGUGGCGGAACCUGUGAGUGGAUAUGUCCAUGAGUGGAUUGAAGAACAUCAGACUCGACUACAGUUGGCCUUUGAAGGGGCAAGGGGAAGGUUUAAGAUGGCAGCUGAGCGUUGGAAGAAGAACCAUGACCAGCAUGUUCGAGACCGCCCACUAAGUGAAGGCCAUUUAGUACUCCUCUGUGAUUACAGUACCAGAGGGCGUCAUAAAAUUCAAGAUUGGUGGAGUUCUGUGAUGUAUCGAGUUCUAAAAGCACCUAAAGCUGGUGGAGCAGUUUAUGCCAUCGCACCUGUGGAUGAUCAGACCCAGGUCAGGCACGUCCAUCGAACCUUGUUGAAGGCCAUAGUAAAUGUCUCCGGUGUCUGCCCUAGUAACCCUUUGCCUAUGGAGUCAACUUUUGCAUCAGAUGAAUCCUCGGGUGAUGAGGACCUGGUGGUGUUGAGGCAGGAAGGCCCUGGGGAGCUUGCGGCGCUCCUAAGGCAGCUGGGCCGCCUGGUCACGGUCACGCUCCUCCAGCUCGAAGCACUCCUGAGCCAGCCAGGCCUUCCAGCUGCAACACGCCUCCUUGCGGUCAUACAGCUCAGCCUCUGCCUCCUGCUCCUCCAGGUCAUGCUCACGCUUUCAGCAGGCAAUCUUCUCAUGCACCCCUUCCACCAGCACAUCCUGCAGUCCUCCUCCUACAGCUUGCAGCGCUUCUCGCACCAGCAGAUGAGUUUCCUGUUGCAGUUCCAGUGGUCACGAGCAGUCUGCUCCCUGGAACCACCACCUCUCCCGGUUUGCCACUUCACCACUAUCUGCACAUCCCUUGCUAUCCGGGCGAGGGAUACCCUCGAGGAGCUCUCCCUGCCCGGAGACACGCACCUCGCAGACAAGGUGCGUGAGGACCUGCGCCAGCUGAGACGUGGGGUUGCAGAAGCGAACAUGAGGCAAGUAGCCACCGACUGCGGCAUGCCUUUCGGUCUCCUGUCCCCGCUUCCUGAGGUGCCCCCGACUCUACAACCCGCGGCAGCAAGCAGGAAGAAAAAACGGAGGAGCCGGAAAAAGGAAGAUGCUACAGAGGUUUUCCUGGGGGCUAUUUCGCUCUCCACGUCCUGCUCUGCUGCAUGUCGGGAGGACCCGCUCCCGACUCUCAACCCGGCGGAGAUCACCGUCACCCCAGCCUCACAGCAACCGCCCGCCGCUUCGCUGCCCUCACCAGCAGCGCGCCCCUUCUCCGGGACUCGCCUGGCCCUUAAAGGGGCCAGGUCCAUUUGGGACGCUAUACCGCGGGUUCCGCGAUUUCGGAGGCGGGUGACGCCUCCCAUGGUUCCUGUGCCUACAGCUGCUUCCCCAGUGACUCCUGUACCUGCAGCUCCGCCUGCCGUGGCACCCCCUGCUGGCCGCGCGCCCGAAGUGCCAGCCGAGGUGCCCUCUGCUGGUCGCGCGCCCGAGGUCCCCGUGCCAUCCCCUGCUGGCCCGGAGUCGGCUGCUGCUGCACCGCCCGGCCUGACUCCGGAUCUCCCCAUGACUCCGGAUCUCCCCGUGACUCCAGUGCCUGAGAUCCCAGCUCAGCCCCCCGUGGCCCCUGCUGCGGCGCCCCCUGCUGGCCCAGAGUUGGCAGCCCCUGCUGCGGCACCCCCUGCUGCUGCGCCGUGCAAGGCCUCUGCUGCUGUGCUGCCUGAGGCCCUGGCCAGCCAGACUACUGCUCCUCUCUCCAUAGUGGAGAUAGAGGAGGACCUAGAAACAGCAAGUCCCGGCCUGGUCCCCGCCUUUCAGUCUCCCGAAAAGGGAGGGGACACCGGCGCCGUGGUCGGGUCCCACCCGCCCUGCCCCCUGGCUCGCCUUUGGUCCCCCUGGUUGUGGCUCGGCGGUCGCCUCCGGUUCCGCCUUCGGUGCCCCGUCGGCUGGCUGCGGUCCCGCCUCCGGCGCUUCGUCGGUCGCCUGCGGGUCCCCCAUCUCCGGGAGUACAGUAGCUCUGCUGCAGCUGACCACAAGAAGGCUGCAUUCAUCAUGAAGGGGAUGAGGGAAAGCCCUUGGGAGCCUCAUCCCUGGAAGAGUCAAAACCGCCAGAGAGCCAAUGGAAUCAGGCCUGUUGGGGACUGGAACUGA